AAAAACAUCUACGUUUCGCGGUCGCACAAUUUACCAAAAAUGAGUCACACUCCACGCCGUAUACUAUACGGAUUUACGCUGCUGCUGCUGAUUAUGCAACUUGUACAUCAAGGAUUGGCAGCACCAGGACGACAACAGACGAUUGCAAGCUCGAACUCUUACACUGAACGAGUGCUGCAAAUUUCAAAGGCAGCGGAGAUAGCUAACUAUAUGAACAAGAAUGUCAAUCCAUGUGAUAAUUUCUACGAGUUUGCCUGUGGCAAUUGGAUGCGGAUUAAUAGGGCCACUACAGAAAAAGAGUUAACUGGAACAUUUCAACAAAUAAGCCAAGGUUUCCUACGGAAGGUGAAACAAUUCCUCAUCAAGGAGAAUGAUCAACUAGACACCCCAGAGGAAAAGCAGAUAAGGAGUUUCUAUAGAUCCUGCACGAGCGUCACGCGAAUCGACGAAAGCUACCGCAACAAACUGAAGGAAGUGAUACGCGAAUUUGGAGGGAUGCCAGUUCUGGAGGAAAGUAGCUGGAAAGAGUCGGAAUUCGACUGGAUUGAAACGAUUGGCAAAAUCGCUAAUACCUAUGGUCAAUCAAUCAUUAUGAAAAUUGAAAUUCAACCUGAUUGGUUGAGAAACAUAAAAAAUACGGUCCAUGUUAGUUAUCAGGAAUUUCCCCUCCUCACCCGAGGCAUGUAUCUGAAUAGCGAUACAGAAUAUGCGCGCACAAAUUACGUUGCAGUGAUGGCUGACAAUCUCAUCGAGUACUUGAACAUAGAAAGUAAAUUGGCGCAAUCAACUGCCGCGGAGCUGAUGAGCUUUGAGGUGGAGCUGGCCAAAGGAUUGCCAAGCGAAACAGAAGAGAUACAAGCGUCUAAGGUUGUCAUACGGAGAACAAUUUCCGAGAUGCAGAAACUCUAUGGCUCCACUUUAGAUAUCCAGCGGUUCGUCAAUAUAACUCUGGGCGAGGAUAUCAAUGACCUUUAUGACAUGUUUCCGGAGUAUAAGAAAAAUCUUGUCGAAGUUAUUCAACGCACUCCGAAACGAAUUGUGGCCAACUACAUAUUCUAUAACUUAAUUAAAGCCUUUUGGCUUGAAAUGAAUAAGCAAGAGUCUAACGAGAGGGAGAGAAACUGUCAGUCCAUAACUAUCGACAGAUUUGCUAAGAACGUAAACAAUAUGAUCUACAGACGCCACAACACCGCCGACACUGCCGCCGAAUUGCAGCUGAUGUGGAGCGAGCUGCAAAUGACCUUCAAGCAGACGUUGCAAUCAGAUCGACUGAACUGGCUAAGUCCAAAAAGCCGUGAAUUAGCCAUUGAGAAGAUUACAGCAAUGAAGCUGGAAGUGAACUCUCAUCUAAAGGAAGAUCUCUCCAAAGAUUUUGUGAAUAUUCAUCUGUCUGAUGACGAUUAUAUCGACAAUCUGAAACAAAUAUUUAAGAAGACCGCGGCCACGGCUAGAGCACAAAUCCAUCUGCCCAUCGGCUACCAAAUAGAUAACAGUUUCUCGGCAAUCUAUAAAGGGCAGUACAACGCCAUCAUGAUGCCAGUAGCAUGGCUCCAGCCUUAUUACUUGUGGGCUGCCAGCUAUUCUAAUCCCAUCAAGUAUGGCGCUAUGGGUACAAUCAUUGGACAUGAGAUCAUCCAUGGCUUUGAUGCCGUGGGCAGAAGAUUCAAUGCCCAGGGAAAUCUCCAUGACUGGAUGGAUGAGAAGUCUUACAUUAACUUCAAUGAUCGCCAAAAAUGCUUUAGUGAGCAGUACAGCAAUUAUUCAUUUUACGACAUAAAGCUGCCUAAAUCUGAAGACCAAAGCGAAAAUAUUGCAGACAACAGCGGAGUGCGACUUGCCUUCGAUGCCUUUCGCAAUUGGCAGAAUGCACAGGAGUCCUCGCUCAACGAUGGAAUGAACCUGCUGCCCGGUCUCAACUACACCAACAAUCAGCUGUUUUUCAUUAGCUAUGCCCAGUCCCGGUGCUCCGAUGUGGCUGAAGAACAACGCCUCAGAAGCGUCAUCUCGGAUAAUCAUGCGCCUGAAAUGUUCCGUGUAAUCGGACCUCUGUCCAACUUUGAUGAGUUCUCCAAAGAGUUCAAUUGUGCUCUGGGCACACAAAUGAAUCCUGUUCGCAAGUGCGAGCUGUACUAAAGUGUCGAUUCAAAUAUGUUAAAAUUGUUUAAUUAUUUUAAAUAAAGAAGUUUCUUUUC